AUAACUGAUAACAAGUCAUCAACAAUAACCAAACAUAAUAAUUUUUAAAAUCGGAAGAAAACACGGCGGCAUAUACAUAUGUAAUCUUAGCGUUUAUACUGAUUCGAUCAAUUAAUCAUUUAACUUAUAAAAUUAACAAAACAAAUUUAUUUGUUAUUAUUGCAUUUAGCUGAAACAAGUUUGCAAUUGCUAAAUUUAAUUAAAAUGCUCGCCAGCGAGAGUAUUCUUCGUAGUCACCAUCAUCAUCGCAAUCAUCAUCAUCUCAAUCAAUCACAACAGCAGCAGCAACAUACUAAACAAUUCAAUGAUUCUAUAUAUAAGCAACAAGUAGUGCACGAUGCUGUCGAUUCUAAUGAAUUGGCACGAAAUACCUCCGUAAAUGCAUUUAAUUUAUCACAUCCUAUAGUACCUUCACCCACUAAUGUAAACGCUCGUGACAAUGACAUUGUCAACGUAAAGUGCAAAAAUAGUGGCGCGUUGUCAACAGAUGAGAACAGAGCCACAUCCACAAAACAGCUUCAUACAUUAAAAGAUAAAACGGAUAAAAUGAACUCAAACUCGAUAAAUUGCCUAAUUGUCAGUCAUCCAAAUGCCGACAGUGAAAAGUUUAUACGCGAGUGUGUUGGUGAAAUAAUAAAAUCUGCCGUCUUCGCCGGAACUAAUCGCUCCAACAAAGUUGUGCAAUGGCAUUCACCCGAAGAGCUUAGAGAACUUUUUGAUUUCAAGUUGAAAAAUGCGGGGGAAUCAAAGGAAACCUUAUUCGAUUUACUACAGAAAACAAUUGAUUUCUCAGUGAAAACUGGUCAUCCAUACUUUAUAAAUCAGUUGUAUUCCGGACUAGAUCCUUAUGCUCUGAUUGGUCAGUGGUUGACCGAUGCUUUGAAUCCUAGUGUCUAUACGUACGAAGUAGCUCCUGUAUUUACACUUAUGGAGGAUGAAGUUUUAUCUGAAAUGAGACGUAUAGUUGGAUUUCCCAAUCAGGGAUACGGAGAUGGUAUAUUCUGUCCUGGAGGUUCAAUUGCAAAUGGUUAUGCAAUUAGUUGUGCUCGUUUUCACAAAUCUCCCAAUUCAAAGAAACAUGGAUUAUUUGGAUCAAAACGGCAGAUUAUAUUCACAUCAGAAGACUCACAUUACUCCGUUGAAAAAUUGGCAAUGUUUAUGGGUAUGGGCAGUGAAAAUGUGUGUAAAAUAAAAACAAAUAAAUUUGGAAAGGUUGAUAUUGAGAAUUUAGAAAAGCAAAUUAAGAAAUGUAUCAGUGAGAAUUGCGAGCCAAUGAUGAUAUCGGCUACCUCUGGUACUACAGUUCUUGGAGCAUUUGAUGAUUUAAAUAGUGUAGCUGAUUUGUGUAAGCAAUAUGGAAUGUGGAUGCAUGUAGAUGCUGCUUGGGGUGGUGGAGCAUUAAUGAGUCCAAAAUAUCGCCAUUUAUUAAAUGGGAUCGAAAGAGCCGAUUCGGUUACAUGGAAUCCUCAUAAGAUGCUAACAGCGUCCCAACAGUGUUCGACAUUUUUAACACGGCACAAAGAUAUCCUUUCUCAAUGUCACUCAACGAAUGCCACAUAUCUUUUUCAGAAGGAUAAAUUUUAUGAUACAUCUUACGACACCGGUGACAAACAUAUACAAUGUGGUCGAAGAGCUGACGUUUUUAAGUUCUGGUUUAUGUGGAAAGCUAAGGGUACCAAGGGCCUGGAAGAACAUGUGAACCAGUUAUUCAAAAUGUCUGAGUUCUUAACUAAUCAGAUACGAGAGAGAUCUGGUUUUGAACUUGUUUUAGAAAAUCCCGAAUGUACUAACAUUAGUUUUUGGUAUGUGCCUCCCAGUUUAAGAGGUAUGGAGAGAAAUGACAAGUUUCAUAGCGAAUUGCACAAAGUAGCUCCAAAAAUUAAAGAAGCCAUGAUAAAAAAAGGUUCUAUGAUGGUAACAUAUCAACCUUUGCAUAAUUUGCCAAAUUUUUUCAGAAUAGUUUUGCAGAAUUCUUGCCUAACCGAAUCUGAUAUGAUAUACUUUUUGGAUGAAAUAGAAACUCUGGGAAAUAACUUAUAACUUUAUUGCAAUUUAUCAAAUUAAAUAAAUAAUUUUUAAUUUUACUACAAAAUAUAUGAAAUUAGAAAAUUCAGUUUUAUGUUGAAAUUAAUUAAAAACAAGUGAUAAACUUCACAGUUUUAUCCUUCUCACCCAAUCUUCCAACACACAAACUAUUUAAAAUGUUAUGUUAUUUGUAUUUUCAAAACAGUAUCUACAUGUGUAUCAAAUUACGCAAAUAAAAUUACAAACAUUAUAUAUUAUCUGUAUAUUUAAAAUAAUUAUAAGUAAAUCAUGUACAGAAAUUAUAAAAUAAACG